AGUCGCCAUUUUGCAGAGGGGAGCCGAAAUCCGAAAGGCAGUGGUGUGGGUAACGGUGCCCUGUGCGGCGGCAGGUAACAGAAUUCAGUCACAAUGGGGAACGUUUUUGAAAAACUGUUUAAAAGUCUAUUUGGGAAAAAAGAGAUGCGGAUUCUUAUGGUGGGUUUGGAUGCGGCUGGAAAAACCACCAUCUUGUAUAAAUUGAAACUGGGAGAGAUUGUGACUACCAUCCCUACAAUAGGUUUCAAUGUGGAAACGGUAGAAUAUAAAAAUAUCAGCUUCACAGUCUGGGAUGUUGGUGGCCAGGACAAAAUCAGACCUUUGUGGCGACAUUAUUUCCAGAACACCCAAGGUCUGAUUUUCGUGGUUGACAGUAAUGACAGAGAGCGGGUCAAUGAGGCCCGAGAAGAACUAACCAGAAUGUUGGCAGAAGAUGAGCUCAGAGAUGCAGUUUUAUUGGUGUUUGUAAAUAAACAGGAUCUUCCGAAUGCUAUGAACGCAGCGGAGAUAACAGACAAGCUCGGCUUACAUUCCCUCCGCCAGAGAAACUGGUACAUUCAGGCCACUUGUGCCACCAGUGGAGAUGGGCUUUACGAAGGCCUGGACUGGCUCUCCAACCAGCUCAAAAACCAGAAGUGAUCGGAAGCGAUCCCUUCCCCGUGCGUUGUGGCAAAGUCAGCUGGCCUCUUCUGUGUGCGUGCGUGCGUGCGUGCGAGGAGCUGAGUGUGGGUGUGUGGCUGGGAGCGGGAGCAGCUUUCUCACACUGUGCCUUAUACAUGCUGUAAGAAAACCAGUCUUACGUUUGAAGAAAAACCAGUGUUACAUGUGAAAUGCUACCUUCCACUUGAGUAGCUCCGGCGCUCAGCCUGGCCGCCGGUGGAGGGCCCCCGGGGGCUUCCUGGUGCGCGCUCGCCAGAGCCGUCUCCACAGCGGGCAGGAGGCGGGGAGCUGGCUGGGGGCUGAGUGGAGCUGGCAGAGCCGGGGCUGGCGUCUCCGCACAGCUCGAGUCCCCUUAGACGCUGGUGUUCUUUUGUAAGCAGGAAGGGCCCGUCCUUCUUGCCCAUCACUGCCAGAGCUAGCAACUCACUUGUCAGUGCUUUAAAGCAAAAGAUCCUCAAGAGGAAAAAGGCACUUGCUUCCUGCGGGUUUGAAGUUCAGAUCUGAACUUUCCCCUUAAGUUAUUUUCUUCCUGGUGUAAUGUGCUUCAUUUAAAGGAACUCGAGGUCUUUUUCAUUAGAGUGUCAAGUCUGCAUAACACUAGAAAAUUUUCCAGUCCUUCCCUCAUGCUAGUUCCUUCCCGUUUGCCUCUUAUUUGCCCGAUGGAGACCAUGUGGGGUAAGUAACCCAGCGGGAGGCCGAGGUUCUUGGCCACAGGGUCCUGCGGAGGGGCAGGCGUGUGUCCCUGCGUCUGUCUCCCCUUCUCAGGUUUCAGGCUCCCGAGGCUGCUGCUCCCACUUCUCUGUCCCGUGCUAAUGUUCUGUGUUCAAAGCGGGAGGUUCACUCCUGUGAUGGAAUCGUCGCCAAGUUCAUGAUCUCCCUUCAACUUUCGGUUUUGGUCUGUUUCUGUUCCCAGAAC